AUUUGAGUGAGAGGUGUCGUCGGGAGAGGACAGCCAUGGUAUUGAAAGAGAGGGACAGUGAAGGAGGAGACUUCAUCACCUCUCUCACCAGUCACCAAUGUCCAUGACUCAUGUUCCAAAGGAGUAUGACUCGGAGCUGACCUGCUUCUACUAUGACAACCACAGGACCCCAAGUCUGGUCAUCAGGCCUGUCAAGGUGGAGGUUGUCUUCCCCAAACCUCGUAUA